ACUCUUUACCAUUGUUAUUUGAUCAAAAUUUACAAUUGAAUCGAAGCAGCGCAGUCAUUUUGUUCAAGCCUGGCGCACAUAAUCAAUAAAUAAACCUUACCGACUGGUAGAUUUUUCAUGCUACACGCUACAUUAUCAUGAUUGUGAACGCCAUCGUUGUUACGAUAUUGAUAUUGUUAUGAUAUUAGGUCUACGAACUUCAUGACUUUCUUUUUGUUUCUUUUGUACUCUUGAGUCAUUGCCACUUUGGAACUCAACCAGGUCAAUAUGGCUGAGAAAGCUGAAACCUCAAGCCCUCCACAAAGCUUGAAAUGUCCACUUUGCUUGGACAUCUUCGUCGAUGCAGCCGUUCUUCCGACAUGUGGGCACACUUUCUGUCGGAAGUGCAUAAAGAAACACGAACAGGCCCAUCCAAAUGAUUAUCACAUGGAGUGCCCUGUUUGCAGGAAGGUAUCCAUGUUUACUUCUUCAAAACGUUCUGAUGACUUCCCCGCUAAUGUAACGGUGAACGGAUUUAUAGACGACUACAACAAUGACCACCGUUGUAAGAGUGAAAUACGACUAGAAUGCACUAAUGAUAGACAAUACGGGGGUAUGAUGCCUUUUUGUGAAACCUGCAAAACUUUCUUGUGUGGGAAGUGUCUGAAGAAGCAUCAAGAGAUGUCUUUUCUUUUUGGAGGUCAUGAGAUUGAACAUAAGAAGAAGAGAUUCCAGCCUACAGAUGAUCCCGUUCUUGACUUCAGGAGCAUCUCAUUAUCAAAUCCCAAGUUAGAAGUCAUUCGGUGCGUAGAUCUAAGGGCAAUAAUGAGUGGAAUGACCAAGUACUCUGAUAAUAGGGUGGGUAUCGGAUAUGGAGAUGUAAAUGGUAUAGAUAUCAUUGAUUCAGCUGGUAGAACGCAACCAUACCGGAACAUACCAAGUGACUGGGGCUAUGGGGAUCUUGUCUUUCUCGAAGGCAUGUCACUAUGCGUAACGACGGGAACAGGAGAUGACGAGAAAUACAUACGUGUAUACUCUUCCAAAGGAUCUGAGAAACCACCCACCCGCUUUACAGGCUCUGGCGUUCUCGGCCUAAACAGAGGCACAUCAGAUGACAUCAUCGUUACUCUCGAAGAAAUUUUUUUUUAUAUUUUUGACCCUAUGAGAACAACUCUCAAAAAUUUUGUUCUAACAAGACCCAAAACCUGUCAUGCAUCUGCCAGCAGCUCUGGUUUGAUCAUCGUAAGUUCAUGUUAUUUCUCUCCAAGCGUAGUGACGGUCUAUGACAAGGAUGGGAAUUCUGGUGAGUCUCUACAAGCUCCAGAGGAUGUCCAGCUGUAUGCUGCCGUGGAUAAGCAGGACAGGGUGUAUGUAGCAAGUGCUAUGAAGAAUGGUGAAUUGGUGAUCAGGCUCUAUGACAUUGAUGGUCUAAACCUGAAGAAAAGAGUCGAAUUUCAAGCGCUCAAUUUGAAAGAGAUGGAUCCAACCUGGAGUUACCUGGUUUCCCUCUCACAUGAAAUGCUUGCAUUUGCUAGUGGGCUUAAGUUAUAUUUUAUCGAAGUACCACUGGAAUAG